GCAGUGACCCACAGGAGACCCUUGGCCAUCCUUGCUCUAUAUACAUUGACAUAACGACGGUGAAAUACGUGGGUGAGACUGUGCGACUUCAAUCGGCAGGUUGCAACAAGAACUACACCAAAGAGGCGUUUCUACGGCCAUAGAUCAACAUUCAACACUUUAAAGCUGAAUACAGCUGUAAGACAUCACUUCAAUCUUCAUAAUCACUCUACUUCUGACAUGAUGGUACAGGACAAAUAAGCCCUUCUAAUCUGGGAGAAAGUGUUUCUGUCCGGGUGACAACCUUAGCGAUGGUGCCAAUGUUGCAACAAGAACUACACCAAAGAGGCGUUUCUACGGCCAUAGAUCAACAUUCAACACUUUAAAGCUGAAUACAGCUGUAAGACAUCACUUCAAUCUUCAUAAUCACUCUACUUCUGACAUGAUGGUACAGGACAAAUAAGGUACUAGCCCUUCUAAUCUGGGAGAAAGUGUUUCUGUCCGGGUGACAACCUUAGCGAUGGUGCCAAUAAGUUGAAGUCGAUUUACCAGUUUGUAUCUAAGGACACGUUUUCAAGACAGACUCGUCCAUUACCGACUAGACGCUGAUUAACAUGGCUUUAAUGCUAGUAGCAGUCGGGGUGUUGUCUGCCGGGGUUCUGAUUGUGUAUUUGAGUGGUGCUUUUAGACGCUCUUCUGGUCCCCCCCGUAACAUAGUGCCAGUGUUAGAUGGGUGGUGGGGACGAGGCAAAAAACCAGAGGAGGAGGAACAUGCGGCAAUUAGGGAAUUCAAGCUGGAGAUAUCUGCUGAAGAAUUGGAAGAUCUUAAUGAUCGUUUGAGAAAGGCCCGAUGGUUUGAGAGUGUUGAAGAAACCAAGUUUCAUUUUGGUAUCAAACCAGAAUACAUGAAGUCAAUACAGGAAUACUGGCUCAACGAAUACGAUUGGCGUAAACAAGAGAAACGUCUGAACAAGUAUCCACAGUUUAAGACAAAUAUUGAAGGAAUUGAUAUCCACUUUGUACGAGCCACACCCAGUAAGCUGAAACCUGGACAGAGAGCAAAACCAAUAAUGAUGGUGCAUGGAUGGCCAGGAUCGUUUUACGAGUUCUUUAAGAUUAUUCCAAUGUUAAUCGACCCGACUAAUCAUGGAGGGACUGAUGCGGACGUAUUUGAAGUAAUCUGCCCAUCUCUUCCCGGGUACGGCUUCUCUGAGGCUGCGCAUAAACAAGGUCUGAACGUGAGGGAGAUUGGCCGUAUUUUCCACAAGUUGAUGCUUCGAUUGGGGUUUGAAAGUUACUACCUUCAAGGAGGUGAUUGGGGGUCUAUGGUGAUUGAUCAGACGGCUGGAAUGUUCCCAAAACACGUGCGUGGAAUGCACAGUAAUUUUACUUCACAACUCGCUCCAUUGAGUCAGGUGGUACUCGGCAAGCUGGUCCCGUCUCUUGUCCUAGAUGACGAAUCGUAUGGUAAAUUUCUUCCAAGUUGGAGUCGUAUUGUUUUCGGGUUGAAGGAGUUUGGGUAUCUACAUUUGAAUGCAACUAAACCAGACACUAUCGGACACGCCCUCACCGACUCCCCAGUUGGGCUCGCUGCUUACAUCAUUGAGAAGUUUUCUGUUUGGACCAAUUACGGUUGGAUUGACUUGGACGACGGCGGACUGGAUGGCUAUUGGUCCAAAGAUGAUCUGCUAAAUAACGUCAUGAUCUAUUGGGUGUCAGGAUGCAUUACGUCAUCAUUGCGUCUGUACAAAGAGACCAUUCCAAAAUCGUCUGAGCUUAAAAAGUUCAUAAACACCGUUCCAACUGGUUUGGCUGAUCUUCCAAAUGAUCUUAACCGAAGCCAACGUAACUGGGCAGCCCGUCACUUCAGCAACAUUAUCACCUAUCGAACCUACCCAACCGGCGGCCAUUUUGCAGCAUUAGAAGUCCCUGAGUUACUUGCAGAAGACGUCAGAAAUUUUGUGCAAAAGGUAGAAGAACUUUACCCAGAAGUAAUGUCGUCGGAGUCAUAAUUAAAUGUGAUUCAUAAUAUCAUGAUUCUAUGAUAGAAAGGUUUGAAGCAAAAUUAAUGAUCGUUUAGAGUGUAUCCAAUGGGGUUGGAAAAGGUUAACCGAGACAGUACUCAAUAUUUGUCAACAGAUUUUGAUUGUUUUCAAUGUUAAUACAAAUUUUUCAAAUUCGUCAUGCAUUAGUUUCAGAGAGACAUGACAUUGAUCAUUAUCUGACUGCGCGUUUUGGAACCAGUUUUUAAAAUAAGAUUGUUAUAACUAUGAACGUGAAACAUGGCGUACCAAACGGAAAGGCUCGUGGGGUCAAGGUCGUAAGGGAAAGGCUGGUGGGGUCACCGACUAAGGGAAAGGCUCGUGAAGUUAGCUCGCGGGCCAAGGGAAAUGCCCGUGGAGUCGAGCUCGUACCCAAGGGAAAGGCUGGCGGGGUCGAGCUUGUACCGAAGGGAAGUGCCCGUGGAGUCGAGCUCGUACCCAAUCAAGUUUGUUUUCUGUGUUUUACUUCAGAAGGAGCCCUCAAACGAUACUGGUACAGAUACUGCUUUUCAGAACCGUUGGGUACGAUCAAUUAAUAUGAUAAACUUGCAGUGACGUAUUAAGCUUUAUAUGUGUUUGAUUGGUCCGAGUUGACGUUUGACAGCUGCACAUGCCGUCACCUGCAUAUGAUUAUAGGUGAAAGGUGAAGAUGAACGGGGAUUGGCCGAUUAUUUCUGUUAUACUGACUGGAGCGGAUUGGCGGCCAUUUUGAAACACCCAAAAGAUGCACAUAGCGGGUAAUCAAACUACGAUGUAUUUUUUACUUUAAAGAGUGCAUUUUCUCACAUAAACAUGUUGUUUUUCCCAGUGCUUAUUUAUAUGCACACACUGUUGGUAUAUGAUAUUAAAAACAAAUAAACAAUCGCGAAAAAUAGACAGCAUGUCUUUCCACAAACAUGGUAUAAUCUAUUAUUGCAGUUUUUCCCGCACAAGCAGAUAUUUUGCUAAAUAAUUUCGUCUAUAAAAAAUAGGAUUGUAUGCAGAUAUUUGCAGUUUUGGGUGUUUCAAAAUGGCGUCCUUUGCGACUUCAUUGAACGCACUCGACCCGCUAUGAGAUCAGUGGGAUUGACUUACGCUAUAGAGGCCACUCUCUGGCGUUAUUUACGAGCCUCGAAGUGUGACGUCAGAUGUUCGGUCUACCACCUCAACCCACACCAUCCCCCAAGCAAAAUCUUUUUACAUCCCAUACCUCUUGCCAGUGUUAGGUGCACCAUCACGGGUUUCAAUGGUUCCUUGAAAUCUAUCCAAGAUGGAAAAUUGUUGCUCUUGGAAAAGUACUUUGUAAUGGAAAAAAAUGACACAUGAUCACGUAAUGAAGUAUAAACAUCGUCCCUAUGAUUACACAAACUUAUUUAAUUUGAUUUGUAUGGUAUACUUAUACAAUCAUAUAUUAUUAUAAUUACAUUUUAAAUGAAACAUUUUCUGAGUGUGCAUUCUUCGUCCAUUUUAAAGUGUUCACGUUGAUUUAGGUAGACUUGUUAUUAUAUUUGUAAUAAUAGAAGAAGUUUGUUCAAAGAUCGCC